AUUUCUGGUCAUUGUGAACUCACUCUAGAAAACAAUUCGCGACACUAUGGGCAUCCGUUUCCAUAGUUACCGCGUCACAACAAAAGUGACAAUCUGCGAAACACCUAUAUUUUAUAUUUUCGUAAUUUUAUGUGUAGAAUCAAAUUGGAACAAUGUUGAGUUCGCGUUACUACAGCGCUUCUCGACUGGGCACCGACGCGAAGCCUCGCACGGCUAUGGUGUUAGACGAAGACGAGGAUCUGUACUCGGGCUUUAACGAUGUGGCGCCCGCCCUGGACACGCGCAACCUGCGGGAAGACGAGGUGUUCCAGGAAACUCUUAGGACGGCCGGGAUAGGCAGGAAAGUGCCCAGCCGUAUGGGCACCGGGAUGACGCGGAUAGGCACAGUGGGCAUGCGUGACGAGCGGCUCGGCACGCGGCCCGUGACCGCGCUCCGCGCCGCCGGCUACACCUCCGCACAGCGCGACCCGCCCGCCAGGGAACUGCGGGAACGAGACAGUAUCGAAGACCGAGUAAAGCAAAUGGAGGCCCGCAUCAUGGCGUUAGUGGAGGAAUCGUGCAUGUUGAGCGCAAGACACGAUCCCGAUGACCAAACCAGCGCUAAAAAAGAAAAUGAUUUGGGGCAGGCGUUAUCUAAAGCUCAGGAAGCCUCAGCCCUUGAAAGACAACUAAUUCGGAUGCAAGAACAGGCAAAUCUUGGUGACUCGCAUAACUUAGAUUUAACUUUCGCUGUUCUUUGCAACCUGGCCGGUCAGUACGCUCUCAACGAAAUGUAUACGGAAGCGCUGAACACGUACCAGUUAUUAACUAGAAAUAAGCUAUUUCCACAUGCCAAUCGUUUAAAAGUAAAUAUGGGCAACAUAUAUUUCAAAAUGGGUGAGCAUCCUAAGGCUUUGAAAUUGUAUCGUAUGGCGUUGGACCAAACGCCGACAGCGGAAAAAGAUUUGAGGAUGAAAGUUAUGCAUAAUAUUGGUUUACUGCUAGUUAGAAUGGGCAAAUUCCGAGAUGCAAUAACUAAUUUUCAACACAUCAUGCACGAACAAGGAGAUUUUCAGACAGGUCUUCAUUUGGUUUUGUGCUCCGUAGCGCUUAACGACGCUGAGGGCGGCAAAGCCGCUUUUCACGCUAUGUUAGACGUCGAACCACCUACUUACCAUCAGGACAUUACAAUCGAUGACGAGAGCGACGCGUACGAGUGCGUGGUGCGCGACGUGGUGCGCGGCGACCGCCUGUCGCGCUGGUCGCGCCGCGCCGCCGCCGACGCCGAGCGCUGCCUCGCGCGCGCCGCCGCCGCGCUCACCAAGCCCGACGCGAGGGACGACGAGUCAGGGGGUAUGUCGUGGUGUGUGGAAGCUCUCCGCGGAUAUAGCGGUGGCGGCGCGGGCGCGAGGCUAGAGCUGGGCGGCGCGCUCGCGGGCUUGCGGGCGUUCCGCACGGGCACGGGCGCGGCCACCGGGGCGGGCACGCGCGCGCUACAGCGGCUCAAGGCUGUGGCGCGCGCGCAUCCCGACGACCGGGUAUUACGCGCCGAGGCUAAUGCUGACGCUGCCUUUGUGGCUUAUGCUUUAGGCAGCUAUUCUGAGGCGCGUGCACUGGCGGAGGCAGCCUCCCGCGACGAUCCAUACUCGUGUCCGGCGCGCGUGACGGCGGCGCUGGCCGCCGCGAUCGCCCCCGCGCCCUCCCCCGCCGGCCUCGCCUCCGCACCGGCGACACCUGUCGCGCUCACGUGGCGCGAUACCGCUUCGCAACUCACCGCCGCUACACAUUUGGACCCUGCUGAUCUCAUCGCUAUGCAUGACUUGGCGCUAGCCCUGGAGCGCAGCGGCGAGGAAAGCGCGUGCGAAGCGGCGGAGGCGCGAUGGUCGCGCGUGCGCAGUGCGGGCGGCGCGGGCGCCACGCUGCGCGCCCUGGCCGCGGCCGGCCUGGCGCGCCUGGCGCGGCGCGGAGACGUCGCCGCCGCCGACCACUGGUAUAGUUCUAUCGGCACAUGGGACGCGGGCGUGACAUGUGCAUUGGCUCAGCUCCACAGCGAAAUGGGAGACACCAUGACCGCCAAACACCACUAUCAAGACGUAGAAGCUAUUUGGCCGUGCGAGUUGUCUGCGCUUGAAUGGUUGGCCAGCGAGUCCCCGCCAGAUGUCGCUCUACAACAUUACCGUCGAGCUGCACGGCUACAGCCUAACAAUCCUCAAUGGGGUCUCCUUAUCGGCAGCUGCCUGCGAGCCAGCGGCCGUUAUCAAGAGGCGCUCGCGUUGUACAAGAAGAUGAACACACGAUUUCCGGACAAUGUCCAAUGCUUGAAGUUGAUAGUGAAGCUUUGCGGAGACCAAGGUCUGUCGGAGACGAACGCUUGGAGCCGGGAGCUGCAGCGUGCCCAGGCUAGGGUUAAGCAACUGGAAAGAGUUUCGGUAACAUCAGCUGGCAGCGGUUCGUCAGGUGCGAGCCAAUCUCCGGUGGACCAAAUUAGAGCGUCGUCCCGCGCCGACAGCGCGCAGCGGCAGGCCGGCGGGCUCAGGGGACACUCCGGAGAAAUUACGAUGAGUCAAGAUGGUCUUCAACCAGCCAAUAGUUUCAUUAAUCGGACGGCGGCAAAGAAAAACAACGUGGACGAAUUUGAUGACGACCUACCUCUACCACCCGAGUAGCAUCUUCACAACAAUUCUAAACUAAUUAGUAAAUAUCAAUUAUAGUUAUUAAUGUUUUAUAAAAUCAUCUCAAAUAGUUUUAAACGUCAAUGACACGACUUUUGGUGUUUUUGUAAGAUUUUUAUUAGAAUGAUAAUAAAUAAUGUCACAAUUACAAUG